AUGGUGAGUGCGCUCCGUCGAAACAUACAUCCGGCUUACUCACUUACCCCUCAGUCGCUGUCGUAUCUGCAACAAGAAUCCACUCCAUUAUUACCUGAUUCAAUCUGGGCAUUAUCAUGGACAUCGUCCAACAAGCUUGUAUCAGGAUCAGCCGAUGGCCAUCUUCGAGUCUGGGAUCCCAGUGAACUCUCCAAACCUAUAUACGACUUGUCCUCGCAUCCUUUAGCCAUAAGCUCUUUAUCCACAACUAAAGAUGGAAAGAAAGCUUUAGCAACUAGCUUAGAUGGCAGUGUGGUUUUGAUAGAUGUGGAACAAGGGACUGUACUUGGAAAGGUUGAAACUGGUAGAGAAAAAGCUGGAGAAGGAGAAAAAGAAUUGCCAGCAUUCACUUCAGCGAUUCACCCGGAGGAGAAAUGUUGGGCAUGGUCAGGUCGAUCUUCGAAGCUCGCUAUACGAUCAAUCGAAUCCAUAGCGGAAGUCAAUGGGAACGGUGAAAGUAGUGGUAGCGGAAGAGGAGUUUUAGGAGGUGCAGGAAAAGUCAUCGAUACUGGUAAAGGAAAAUUUGGUAUGGAUCUACAAUUUUCGCCAGACGGUCAAUCACUUGCUUUGGCGACAGAACAAGGUCAAGUAAUAGUAUUAGAUACCGAGACUCAAAGUGUAGUUGCUACAUAUACUUCACAUAACAAGGCUGUCAGAACAAUUACUUGGUCGCCGGAUUCUCAAUGGCUGUAUUCAGGAUCGGACGAUCACUUGAUUGUAUUGUACGAUGUCCGAGCAGGAUCCAAAUCUGGAGACGGUGUUGGUAAAGGUGAAGGAGCAGUUGCUAUGAUGCAAGGACACCAAAGUUGGGUGUUGAAAGUUGAUGCCAGUCCCGAUGGCAAAUUACUGGGAAGUGGAGGCGCAGAUAGUAUGAUCAAACUUUGGGAUGUAGGACAACGUUCAUGCGUGUCGACUUCAACUGGAAAUUCUGAAAUCUGGGGUUUCGCUUGGCAACCUACUGCAACUGACACCUUUGCAGCUGGAAAGCAAUUCGCCGUAGCAGGGGACGAUAAAGCAAUCACGUUAUUUAGAGCUGCUGGUUCUAUAUAA